AUGGAUAAUGAGCAACAGUCAGUAAGUAGUGAUACCGAGUUGGAAAGUGGGACACAAAGUAAUGUUAGUGACGUAGUUCAGGAAGUACAAUGUGAGAAUCUGGGGGCAGAAGGACAAGAAAUGUUGCCAUUGCCACCCAGUGAUUCAGUUGAUAGCGGAAAUACUGUCCCAUCCGCAAGCACUGGACACGGACCAGAGAGUGGUGAGGUGUCAGAAGUGCAAUCAUUAAGACUUAUGUUCGAGCGCAUGCUCAAUUUCCAAGCUGAAUUUGUACGUGUGCAAGCAGAGCGUGAUAGAGAACGUGAUGCUAAACAAGCAGAACGCGAUAGAGAACGUGAUGCUAAACAAGCAGAACGCGAUAGAGAACGUGAUGCUGAACAAGCAGAGCGUGACCAGAGAUUGGUAGCUGAAUUUGCAUGUAUGCAAGCAGAACGCGAUAGAGAUCGUGAUGCUGAACAAGCAGAGCGUGACCAGAGAUUGGUAGCUGAAUUUGCCAAACAAGCAGAGCGCGAUAGAGAACGUGAUGCUAAACAAGCAGAGCGUGACCGACGCCUGCAUGAGAGGGACUUGCAGUUGAUGCAAACUUUAGAAGUUAUGCAAAGUGAGAUUGUUAGUUUGAAACAAAAAUAUGAAACCAUACCCAAAACGGUGCAAGAAUUAAGCGAAAGAGUAGAUAGUGUUCAAGUGGCUAACGCCAAUAUAGUAGAGGAAAUCAGUGUCCUGACUAAUAGGGUCGAACAACUAGAAAUUGACACAACUCAAGUAAUUGAGAACAAAGUGAUCGAACAAGUGCACAAAGUAGAAAAUGAAGUCAUAAAAGAAAUAGAUCAGAAAGUGCACGCCGCAAUUGAGGCCAGAGAUGUGGGCUCAAGUGCGGAUGUGCAAGAUCUAAAAAGGAUAGUGCACAAAGACAUUCCGCUGUGGCAGCGGAGUGUGGACCGUCGUCUUGCCGAGAUGGAGCUUAGCUUGCGGCAUGACGAGGCACGGGCGAGGAUGUUAAGGCAGCCGCUGAACAUGCUAGAAGUAACGGAAACGGUUAUAGAAAUGGUCGAAAUAACACGCCUCCACCAAGUAAUGGAAACGGCGGAGGUAAUAAUAGGAGACAGGAGUAUGCACAAAACGGAAAUAGAGGUAGAGACCGGAACGGCAAUAGUCCGCCGGUAA